UGUUCACGUCGACAUAGUUUCAUUUAUUUAUAUAUAUAUAAAUAUAUUCACUCAUGUGGAUGUAAUGUAUGGGAACGGAUGACGUCGCUCGUGUGUUUGUGUGGGCGUGGAAAGAGAUGUCAGUGUGCGGCGCGAGAGCAGGACGAGAAGCCUGCAGCUGAUUAAAAGCCAGAGAGGAAAUACAACUUUAACCGCUGGAAAAUACGUGUGAUAUCCGAGGAAUAAAGUUGUAAAUGGUCGCUGUUGACAGAGCAGGGCAUCUGGAGGUGUGUUAACAUCGCCCCACAUCGCAGGAAGCCCAGCCUCUCUCCCUCACUGGAUGUUGAAGCAAGCCAGGCAGCGGCGUUUCUACAUCAGGCCACCGGUGCUCACCCACUGGAACCUCCAUUUCAGAGAGUCCCAACAACCAAAAGCAAUGAUGUAGACUUUAGAACGACAUAAUGAUGAUGACGACACUGACGCAGGGCCUCGCAGGGAGGAGGAGCAGCGACUGAUUCUCUCCUCCUUUACACCACACCUGGCACUCUAUGUCCGUCCUGAUUGGGCGGCCAGAGUACUAUGUCAUCAGCCACACCCCCUGCGGCCCCGCCCUUUAAAAAGGGAAGGAAGCCGGAGAAGUCGGAGGUGAUGGCUGACUCUGUGCAGGCCACCAAUGAGGAGCUGAGGACCAAAGUCAUGGAUGUCCAGAUUGAGCUGCAGCAGGAGCGAGGCAAGAUAUGCAAGCUCCGUGAGAGGCUGCAGGAACAGCGGCAGGCGCGGGAGCUCGAGCAGCACAAACAUGUUGUAGCGGUCACCGACCUGCGCGCCAAACUCCACGAAGAGAAGCUCCGUGAGAUAGCCGCUGUCCGCGAAGGCCUGGCGCGGCAGCAUGAAGUCGAGCUGGCCCGGUCCAUCAAGAUCCGGGAUGCAGAGGUGCAGAGGCUCCAGGGGCUUGUAAACGCACUGAGAGAUGGAGCUGCUGACAAGCUUAAAAAUGCUCUUCUCGGAGAGGCUCGGGAGGAGGCCAGGAGAGCGUUUGAUGGGGAAAGGCUGAAGCUACAGCAAGAGAUCCAGGAGCAAAAGACAGCCAGGAAGCAGGCGGAAGAGGCGCUUGCACAUGCUCUGCAGGCGGAUAAAGCCAAAGCAACAGAUCUGCGCACAGCCUACCAACAGCACCAGGAUGAGGUGCACCGUAUCAAACGGGACUGUGAGAGAGACAUCCGUAGACUGAUGGAUGAGUUGAAGUCGAAGGACCGGGUGGUGGGUGCUCUGGAGAGGGAGCUGGGGCUGCAGGCCGGCUAUGCUCAGAAGCUUCAGCUUCAGAAGGAAGCCCUGGAUGAGCAGCUCGGGCAGGUACGAGAGGCCGAGAGGUACAACCAUGGCAGCCCCAAGAGGGAGGUGGUGCCUGGGCUGGGGGACCAACAGGACCUGCUCAACAACCAGGAGGUAGAGGAGCGUGACAUGAGGAGGUUCCAGCUGAAGAUAGCGGAGCUCCACUCAGUCAUCAGGAAACUUGAGGACAGAAAUGCACUGCUUGCUGAUGAGAGGAAUGAACUAGUGAAGCGGGUGCGAGAGGCAGAGAGCCAAAUGAAGCCAAUAUUUGAGAAGAACAAAAGACUGUCAAAGAAGAAUGACGACCUCCUACAAACGCUUCAACGCAUGGAGGAGAAACUGAAGACCUUGAGUCGAGAGAACGCUGAGAUGAAGGAAAAAGCCUCGUCCUCUCGCCCCCCCUCACAACAGCAGUCCAUUCAGCCACAGCUAAAGCGUCCCAGCUCCCUGACAGACCUGAGCCACGCCCAUGAGGAACAGGAAGUGGAGUUCCUCAAGCUGCAGGUUGCUGAGCAACAAGGCAUCAUUGACGAGCUUGUGCAGGAACGUGACCGGUUGGUCAUGGCCAAAAAAACCAGAAGGAAACCUCUCAAACUGUCGAAAAGGCAUGUUGUGGAGACGUAUUUUGGAUUUGAUGAGGAGUCGAUCGACUCUGAGACCUCUUCUAUGACUUCCUAUAAUACUGACCUCACUGACCGCACGCCUGCAACCCCAGAGGAGGAUUUGGAAGACACUGUUACCCGUGAAGAGUCAGAGCUUCGCUUCCGUCAGUUGACCAGAGAGUACCAGGCUCUCCAGCGGGCCUACGCCCUCCUACAGGAGCAGACAGGGGGCUCUAUGGAUGCUGAGAGGGAGGCCAGGACACGCGAGCAGCUGCAGGUGGACCUAUGCAGCUGUCAGGCCAAAAUCAUGGACCUGGAGAAGGCCCUGGCAGAAAGGGGGCAGGAUUCAAAGUGGGUCGAGGAGAAGCAGUACUUGCUCAGGACCAACCAAGAUCUUCAUGAGAAGAUGUGUGCGUUGCAGCGGACAGAGACACGUCUGCAGGCCGAGGUUCAGGAUGCCCGGGAUCAGAAUGAGCUGCUGGAGUUCAGGGUGCUUGAACUGGAAGUAAGAGAAUGUACCAGCGUCAUACUGUCACCAGGAAGCGACAACAACAACAUCAGUUCCAAACUCAAGACUUACAUACAGUGACUCAGCACAUAGACAAACAUACUAUGUACACGUACCUGAGUCCUCUGUAUGCAUCUGUGUGUUGCAUUGUUUUGCAUGGCAGCUGUGUGUAUACCCCGUCCUCUGAACUGGAAUAUUUUUUUAAGAAAGUUGUGUUAAGAUAAAUAUGAUUUUAAAUUGAAUAAAAUGUAUUUAAGUUGA